AUGAAGCAGCAGUGCCAAUACGAAAGCAACUUUCCCAUCAUCACCUUCAAUCACCGCCCAUUGUCGAAGGACUGCCGCCCCCUCGUUGAAGUCAGCGGGCAGGCGGUGGUGGGCCGUGGCUGGCGCUUCUCGCCCGCCGACGUCCAGCAGCUGCCGGCAGAGCUGGAGACCGGUACCCUCUGGCCGCUAGUAUGCGCCGCUGCGAGGAGAGGACCUGGUGGCGUGCCUCAGGGCAAGGCCGGUGACGGCGAUGGGUGGGACGCGCUGGCGGCUCUGGACUGGUUCCAGCGGGUGAAGGAGCUCGACCUGCGGCCUUUCCUCGCGGUCUACAACCAAUCGCAGCGCGGACUGGCCGUGGUCGAACGGCUCAAGAUGGCCAACCUCGGCCCCGAGAGCAUCGUCUUGGACGGCCUCAGCCUGCCUGACUCGACCGACACGGAGGACGGCUACUCACUCGCCGGCAGCCGCUACGUGGACACUCUACGCUCGCUCUCGCUUCAUAAAGCCAAACUCUCGCAUUCCUUCGUUGUCCACGGCCUUGCCGCGCUGACCAACCUGCAAGAGUUGAAUCUCUCCGAGACUGGCAUUACCGACAAAGAGCUUCUUGCUCUCUCGGGACUGACUCGGCUGGAGCGACUGCAGCUGCGCUCAUGCAACAUCACCGACUGCGGGCUGGCCGCUUUAGCAAAGAUGCCUCUCACGACGCUCGAUCUCGAGGGCAAUCCGCGCCUCUUCGACUUCUCCCUUUCCGCUUCGUUGCCGCUCAAUUUCGGUGAUCGAAGAGUGUUGAUGAUUGGCCUGGACGGCGCUGGUAAAACGGCGCUUCUCUGUCUCUGGCAUCAGCGCGAGAAAGUGAACACUGUCCCCACUAUUGGCUUCAAUGUGGAGAAAAUCGCGAGUGAGCAUGCGUCGCAUGUCGUGUGGGAUGUGGGCGGUCAGGAGCGCAUUCGCCCCUUGUGGAGCGGCCGAAGCCUUUUGAACGUUUUCCAAUCUGAGGAAAUGCCGAAUGGGGUUGCUCUAGUUGUGAUAGCCACCUGGCAGGAUGUACCAGGAGCGGCGUCGCCUGCCGAAGUCGAGAAAGCCAUGGACAUUGAGAAACUGAUGCGCGAGAGCAGGCGCAAGCCGUCCUCAUGUGUGGUCAUGGGUGCAUCGCCCAGCAUGGAAGAGACAGAGCUACGGGCACCACUGCGCUACAUGGAUUCUCUGGCACAAAACGCCAUCAUCCAAUCACAAAUCGUCGAGCGUGUGGAGCACCUCCGGCCACUUGCGCCUACCCUCACUUCGUUGAGCCUGGGUAAAACCAAUAUCACUGGCCAAGGACUUGCCCAUCUGACCUACCUUACCAGGCUGGAGCACCUCAAGUUCAGGAAUGGCACUAUCAACGAUCCACUCACUUUCUCAGGGAUGCCGUGGUUGAAGAAGCUGAACCUCAGGGGAUGCUCGAUUCUUGGGCAGGUCAUCCCCACACUCGGAUGCAUGGGUCAGUCUUGGAGUCUCUCGAUCUGCGCCAGAUCAAUCCGACAGGCUACGCUCCAGACGACCAACCCGCUCUCUUUGCUCGAGUUGAUUGUUGAGUGUGGAGAUGGAGAAGAGGGCCUUGGCCUCUUCCCGCCUGGCUUCAACAUCAGGAACAAAAAGAAGAAGGAGUCGGACGGAGCUGGGCAACAAGGUGAUGCGUCAUCAAAACACCGCUCAGUCAUGCUGGGUCUUGGCAAUUCGGGCAAGACGACGCUUCUCUACCGCGAAAAGUUGGGCGAGGUCGUGACCACCAUGCCCACGAUCGGAUUCAAUGUCGAGACGUUGUGGUACCCCAGGUUGGACGCCAACAUCACCAUGUGGGACGUCGGUGGCCAGCGGAAACUUCGAUCUCUCUGGCGGCACUAUUGGAACGAAGACCAGCAGUCGCUGGUGUGGGUGGUCGACGCAAGCGACCGCGAGCAGCUUCCCGAGUCCAAACAGGAGUUGCACCGGGAGCUGGCCAACAAUAGGGACGCGUUCUUACUCGUGCUAGCAAACAAGUGCGACCUGCCGAACAUAAUGCCGCUCGAGGAGAUCUCGCAGGGCUUGGACCUGGCGGGUCUGGGCAAUCCCUACAUUUUGCACGAGUGCUCGGCGACAACCGGCGUGGGGGUGACUGAGGCGUUGCACAUGCUGGCGGCGCAGCUUAACAAGAUGGCGCCGACUGCGUCGGAAAAAGGCCCCGUUCUGCUCGAUUAG